AUUUAACGUUUAAAUGAUUUGUGUUUUUAAAUAACAAUCAAACCAUUAUUUUGGGCCCAAAUUGUGGCCAAAAAGCAGUCAUUUUUUAAAUACAUUUUUUGAUAUUUUUAUACGAAAUUUAAAUAUAUUUUUGUAAUUAAUUUGUAAUUUGAUUAAAAGUGAGCGCAAAAUGAGUGGUGUCUUGGGAUUCAAUAUCAAUGAUAUUAAGUAUUAUCUGUUGAAAAAUGGAGGUAUCGUUGAGUACCACGAGUUGGUUAAGGCGUUCAGACAUCACCUCUCGGACCAAAACACUCAAAUUGAGGCGAGGAAUGCGUUCAAAGACUAUGUCAACCGUUUGGCCACAGUUAUCAACAAAGAGUCACAAAAGUAUUUGGUUUUGAGGCCAGAAUUCAGGGACCAAUUGAACGAUGAGUUUCAGAAAGAAAUGGCCGAACAAAGAGUGCAACCAUUGAUUGAUAAUAACAUUGUGACACUUCGGUCGCACCAAAGACUGGACCCAACGGGUGAUAAUAUAGUUAAAGUAAGGACUCAUCCAAGAGUGGAGAGAAUGGAUUCGCUAAAUAGCAUCGGUCUUCCGGUGCUUACGGAACCACCAAUUGGUUUGCCGAUUGUGGACACCAGACACCGACCGCCGCCCAGACAUGAGAUCAGAAUCAGUCCAAUUGUCACUCAAACCAAACCAAUGGCCGACUUGUCGACGGCCGUCCACUACAGAGAGCCGAUGACUCCGAGCCGUCACAUGAGUUUCAGUCAUCACUAUAACGACGACAGCGAUUGUCCGCCACAACCGCCGCCCCGAAGACGUAACAGCGCUGUCGGCACUAAAAACAAGGCAUCACUCGAACGGUUCAAACACUCCGAUGACGACAGGAAUGGAGAUAAGUACUCCGAAGACAACCAAACGGACGGUCCGUCUCAACAGAUCGACAAAUUAAAAGAAAUCCAUGAGUUGUCGACCCAAACGCCCGGUCGUGUCAAAGAAAGGGCGCAAAAGAUCGAUAAAAUGGCAUCGCUUACGGAACUGAAGCCUCCGAUGCCAUCGACAACAACUGCGGCCACACUUAACAACACGCGCCCGAAGUCUCGGUCCGGAAAUCUUAGGGACAGUGAAGAGACGGAUUCGGGUUCAGUGCAGACUUUGGACCCUUUGCGCAGAAAAUGGAUAAUUUCUGCCUCUAAUUGUGAUUACAAUUCACUGGUUUUGUGUUUGAAAGAAGAUCCAAAACUGUGCGCAUAUAAAGACUUUACCAAUGGUUACACAGCUCUGCAUUGGGCGGCGAAGUUUGCUAAACCGGAUGUCGUGAAACUAAUUGCCGGCACUUAUGGCGUCAACCCUAACAUGAAAUCUCACGGCGGAUACACUCCUCUCCAUUUGGCAGCUAUUAAUAGCAACGAUAACAUUAUGGAACUCCUUAUUCACACAUACCAAGCGGACCCAAACAUACGGGACAACAGUGGCAAACGUCCGGCGCAGUACUUGGUUCUCAAAAAUAGCCACAAAAACUCGUUGGGAAAGCAUUCAAAUGGUGUGAUUGCGAGUCAACCGAUCAAUAAUUCCGGUCCGACUUCUAUUCCCAAAUCGAUUACAGCCCGAAUCGCAUCGGAGUCCUCGCAUUCAAACUUCAUACGAAUCGGUAGUUUGAAAGCUGUUAAUAAAGUCAAACGAAUGACAGGAAUUGGACACAAAAGUUGGGGUUCUGUCGAAAGCAUUCCCGAAAAUGGAAACGUAACCAAAAAAUCCAAGAAAAAUAAGAAGAAUUCUAAAAGAUAUCCAACGCCUGAAAGACAACGGGAAAAGGAUUCCGAUUCCGACAGCGCCUAUGGUUUCCAAUGAGCUCUCAUUUGUCGUUCACUAUAUUGUUAUUUAUUAUUAUUAUAUUUAUUGAUUGAAAUUUAUAAAUGCAUUUAUAAGACUACUUAACAAUUCCCGCAAAAUCUCUCGACUCGUAUGAAUUGAUUCUUUCAUUAAUUAUUCCGAAAGUAACGCACAAUAGGAGUCGUUUGAACGCUAAAUCAAAUUAUAUUUUCAUAAACGAUUGCAAUUGUAAUGUAAAUCAAAAUGUUAUAUA